AUGAGUGGACCCCUUCAGACGAUAUUAGCAAGGUUCUUGUUGAGUUACCGUACAACUCCACAAGCUACCACAAAUCAGUCACCGGCAGAAUUGAUCAUGAACCGAAAGUUGCGUACCCGCAUAUCUUCUGUUCUGCCUGAUGUGAACGCAACCGUUGAAAAGAAGCAAUUCUCACAGACCGCUCACACUUCUCGCAAACUUCGCGAAUUUAAGAUAGGAGAAGAAGUCCUUGUGAGAAAUUACGGGCGAGGUAACCAAUGGCUACCCGGAAAAGUAGUCGAACGUAACCAUGGUAACAGUCCGGUAUCCUAUGUCCUAAAUGUCAAUGCCAAUAGCUCGACGCUAAAUUGGAAACGUCAUGUUGAACAAUUGCGAAGUCGAAUCUCGACUUCAUCGACCUCGAACGACGACACCGGCCCGACACACGAAGAUGACGUUAUCAUCCGUGAUAACGAGAAUGAUGAUCGCGAUAUCAAUGAAGAUCAGAUAGACAUUCGCAACGAUCGUGAAGACGAUCCUGAAGUCGAACACGAUGACGGUAUAAAGGGCAGUUUAUAA